AGAGGAGCAGUGUGACUCCCAAUAAGCCCUGCAAUCUCCAUGUGAACAAAAUGAAGCACAUACUGACUGUCACAGAACCUCAGUGUGAAAAGUCCCAAUCUGAACCUAACCUAAAUGAAUCAUUACCCAUCUUGAAACCUGGAAAAUGUUCCCAAUCUGCUCAAACCCUUUUCCCAUAUAAGCCUUCUGCUGUUCAAUGUGAGCAUAAAAUACCUGCUUCAGUUUCCCAUGCGAGAUAUGAACACCACCUCCAUCAAGUCAAUUUACUUCAUCCUCAUCAACUCACAUGCCACCACACCCAUCAUAUCCCAAUGCUAUACCUCAAAGUUCAGGCAAACCAGUUUCAAGGCAUCGCCCCUUCAUACCCACAAGAUCUGUUCAGUCAGCCACAGUCCAUCCUUCCAGCAUGCCUGCAAUUCAUCCUCCUUAAACCUUACAUAUACCAAUUUCUAUGCAAAUGCCACCAGCCUCUUCUUUACAUUUACACCCCAGCAGGCCCCUCACAGUCAGUUACCAUCAGCUCAGGGGCCUCUACUCCCAUCAUAUGUCAUUCAACUUGCUCCUAUGCCCCUACCUCAAGGUUCAUCAAUCAGUUCCCAGCAUUAUACCCAGCAUGUUGUGCAUCAGCCAGCUCCUACCAUGCUGACUGUCUACAUUCAACAGGAGUUCUCCUUAACCUCAGUGUUUCUAUGUCAGUGGCUCCUGUACAGCAGACAAGAUACACAUUACGGGUUGAACACCUGAACUGUACAAUUUCAUAUCCUUUUGGAUCUCCCCUCAGCUCACCAUAUUGCACUUUCAUUUGCCCAUGACCCACAGCAAUGGACUGACAGAGAAGGAGAAUGUCAGGCAGUGGUAGCUCAAGCCUGCAACUUACAAAUUGACGUACUGCAGAAUCAAAGAUUCAAGUAUCACCCUGCUACCAUGCCCUUUAGUGCUGACUAGAGGUCUUAAUAUGGACCAACUACACCAGGACAUCAGCCACAACCCCCAUUUAUACUCAUGUUCAUACUGCCAGUCUACCUCCCACUGCCUGACAAACUGUGAAAGCUUAAAUGAACUAUAAGCAAAGAUAAAGUGACAAAAUGGCUGAAGGAAGAAAACGUAUUGGAAUGAGUCAGAACACAUAAAGCCUCCAACUGUACUUUGAAGAAACCUUGCCCCAAAUGUAAUGUCUGCAACUUGACAUAUUUUAUGAUGUAAAUAGGAACAAGUUAGCAUCGAGUGUUGUACAUAAACCUGCAAAGUACAACAUCUAAAAUAUUACUGAAAGUAGUUAAAGUCAAACUUAACCACAAGAACAGGACAUUUGAUAUAUGCCAUAUUAGAUUACAAGCAGCGAAGUAUCUUUGUCUAUGGGGUAGCGAGAAAACUUUCAGCUGCCAUUUGUGUUUUUUACCACUACCAUAACAGAAAAGGAACAGAAAACACUGUCACGAGUUGGCUGUAUUUCUGGUCCUUUCUCUUUUGAGUGAACAGAGGGUGUCCCAUCAGACAACAUAUCUCCCAUUGUGCAGGAGGUUCUAGUGAACAGAAAUGAACGAAUCUCUUAAUGACAGCAUAUAUGACACUAACUAUGAGGAUGAAGUCUGUGAAAAAGAUGAGGUGGUCAAGUUUGGAUCCUUUGCCGUUCCUGUUUUUUUCUCCAUCGUGAUCACACUGAGCCUCACGGGAAACAUCCUGGUGCUUGUCAUCCUGGCUUUGUAUGAAAACCUCAAGUCUCUUACCAACAUUUUCAUCCUAAACCUGGCCAUCUCUGACCUCGUCUUCACCAUCGGUCUUCCAUUCUGGGCAGUUUAUCACAUAUAUGGAUGGUUGUUUUCGGAGACUCUGUGCAAAAUUGUGAAUUUUGUUUUCUUCACUGGGUUUUACAGCAGCGUCCUCUUCCUAACCAGCAUGACCGUCUACAGGUAUUUGUCGGUGGUCCAUCCUCUCUCUGACCUGAGGGCAAAGAGAUUCAGCACACGAGUUUUUUUGUCUUUUCUUCUGUGGGUGAUCAGCAUUGGAGCAGCCAUGCCCUAUCUGCUCUACAGCUCCAUAGUCUCAAUCCACCACAAUGGUAAACACUCCCUGGGUUGCGAAUACGAAACGACCUUGUUGAGAAACAUUUCUGUCACCCAACAGAAUGUUUUCUUCUUGAUUGCUUUUGCAGUGAUAGCUUUCUGCUACAUUAAGAUACUGGGAAAAAUCACGAAAGCCCGAUCUAGCACAAGAAACCGAGCUGUUAAGUUAGUCUUCUGUAUCGUUGCUGUGUUUUUCCUCGGCUGGGUGCCUUACAAUGUUGUCAUCUUCCUAAGGAUUUUAGGUGAAAAUUUGGUUAAGCCAUUCGAUGACUGUGAAACAAGCAUCCACCUGGACUAUGCAUUCAACGUGUGUAGGCUCAUUGCUUUCUCCCACUGCUGCCUGAACCCUGUCUUUUAUGCAUUUGUUGGUGUAAAGUUUAGGAAUCAUUUGAAGUCCAUGCUGCAUCGAAUGUGUAUUUGUAGAAGUCCAGUCGAAGAACAGCAAAUUAGGAUGCAAAACUUCUCACGAGGAUCAAUGUACUAGUUGUUGUUGAAGUAUUUUAUUUAUUUCAAUUAAGUACUGCACCAUUGAUUUAAAAAAAAAAAAAAAUAGUCAAGGAUGCAUUUGGUAAAAUACCUUUCCGUCAAAAUAAACAAACUGCUUCAUAUGUUUCCAUUGUAGUAAGGGACAGAGACUAUUCAAAUCAUAAUUUUGCUGUUUAUUGACGUUUGUCUUUGCUGUAACUAUGUCAUAAAUGUACACUGAACUCACAACUCAAA